CGGCGCAGCCCGACGGCCAGCUGUCGCUGAUCUUCUUGGUGGUCUUCCUGGUGACCACCAGCACUGUGGCCUGCUGCUGCGCGCGGGCCGGCUGCUGGCUCUGCGGUUGGUGUUGCCGGCGCAUUGCGCCAGGGUGCUACGUGCUGGUUCUCCCGAGCGGCGCGUGGGUCUCCGUGCCACGCGAGGCGCCGAGCUCGUCUCGCGGGACCCUCUUCGCCCUGCUCGGGGUGCUCCCCGACGAGCACCCGUGGCCGCUGGCGGCCAUUCCAGCGGCCGAUUUCGAGACGGUGCUGAAUCAGUGGGUGGCGGCCAGAGUGGCGCUAGGUGCGAAGGAACGGCUCGCAGACCUCCGCAAGAGGCAGUCCGGCGAGCGAGAGCUGCAGCUGCUCCAGGCUAGGCAACAGGGCGCCGAACCUCGCGACUCUGAGUCGCGCGCCUUGGGUGCCGCGUCGCCUGGCAAACGAGUCAAACUGGCCACGGUCGCCGACCAGGCUAACGACAUGGAGGUCAUCGAGCUGUCGGGCGACCUGGUCAAGAGGGCCUACGACAGGAUCUCGAAGAAGGUCAAGCUGUCUGGCUUCACCCUCGCAGCCGACGGCCGGCUGCAGCCCACCGAGCUGUUCGGCCCUGUGAGCUUCACGGCGUGGGAGCAGUCGUUCCGUGUGUGGAGGAGAAGCUGCAUCAUGCUGAACGCGAUGAGCACAUCCACGCUGGAUGCGUACCGGGACCUGAUGCAGCUCUACAGUCAUAGGUACGGCGCUGACUCGUGGGUGAUUAUCUGCAAGGCCGACGUCCGUGCCCGACUCGAGCAGAUCGAGCGCCCCCGCCGCCGAGGCGCCAUGCAGGCGGCGGCGGAGGUGGUUGACGGUGAUGCGCAGACGGAGUCCAAGGCGCGGGCGUCGACCGCUGCUACCCCGCGGGGCCCUGGGCCCCCGGCGGGCCCGUCGCGCGCCAAGGCUCCGAGGCAGCACGACGCCGCCAUCGACGUUUCCAUGGCGGUGAACCGUCGAGGCACGAGACUCUGCCCAGCGCUCCAGUCGGGGACCUGCGAGCCGAGCUUGAACCGCAGCAAUUGCCCGCGCGACUCGAACCUCGCGCACCAGGGUGCGAAGUGCCUCUCCCCGAAGCAUGGUGCCAAGGACUGCCGGGGCACUGCUGCUCGCUCGCCGACUCGCACAGGCGGCAAGGGCGGGGGCAAGGGCAGCUCCGCCCGCGGCGCCCCCGGCGGGGAGCUCGCCGUCGGCCCGGGCGCGGGCGGGGGCAGAGGGCUACUGCGCGAGGGCGGCUUCCGCGAGGCGUGCCUGGCCUUCGGCGUGCAGCACUCGUUCGACAUCGAGGUGGACUACUUCGAUAUCGUCAACGGUGAGCAGCAGGGCCUGGCUGACCAGAUGGUGUUCGAGGCGCUGGAGGCACGCGUGGACUCUGGCCACGACCACGCGCUGCUCGCAUCGCCGCCCUGCUCCACGUUCCCUCGGGCACGCAAGCAGCCGGGGGGCCCUCCGCUGCUGCGCGGGGCGACGGGUCGCGCCCGCUACGGCCCCCAGGGACUCCGGCCAGCCGAGGCCAAGGCGGUCCGCCUAGGCACGCUGCUGGCCCUGAGGGCUCGCGACAUGCGCGACCGAUUCCAGGAGAGGAGGCCGCCGUGGUUCAACGAGAACCCGCCAGAGGUGGCGUGCGAGACUAUUUUUUUCGGCCUCGACGAGUGGGUCGCCAUCUCCGCCGUGCACGGCGUCGUUCGCAAUCUGCUCACCCAGCGCAGGUACGGCUGCGCGUUCGACAAGCGCACGUCAAGAUGGCCCCCAUCGGAGGAGUGGUCGGGCGAGCUGGCAGCGCUGCAGGCCGACUCCGACGCGGACUUCCUCGUGAGAGCAGUUGCGGCCUACCCGCGGGAGCUGAUCGACGUGCUCGCGGCCUCCUUGCUGGGGGCGGCGGUGGCGCAGCGGCGCGAGGUGCGCGCCCAGGCCGCGGGCCCCGCUCAGCGUGAAGGCCCCGCGCCGACGCAGCGGGGCCCGCCGGCGCCGCCCGCUGGCGACCAGGCGGCGGACUUCGAGCGCCGCUGCCGCUGGGGCAACACGCUGACCAGGAGACGGCCCCCCCUCCUCUGGCCCGAGCUGGGCCGCAAGCUGGACUUUCCUCGGCGGCUGCGGGGCGAGGGCGAUGAGGGCGACAAGAAGAGGCAGGAGGCCGCCGCCAUCGGCGGCUUGCGCCGGGUCAUGAGUUGCGCCAGCAAGACCCCGGGGCUCCGCGCCGUCGGGGCGGUGGUCCGCGCCGCGGCGCCGAGGUGCCGCGCGGCGCUGGGCUGGGCGCUGGGCUGCAAGGAUCUCGCCCUCGCGGGCGAGCACGCGCAGGUCCGCGGGGCGCUGCUGCUGGCGUGGUCCCAGGCGGCGGGGGGCCCCGACGCCGACGCGGCCCUAGGUUGGCGCGUUCCCGGACACCACAAGGAGGACGACGACGUCAUCGACGUCGAGCAGCUGUACGCCCCCGACCUGGAGCUCCGCCAGAGCUACCAGUCGGUCGAGGAGGACGACUGGGCGCAGAUGGAGGUCGACUGGCUGGUGGGCCUCGGCUCCCUUACCGCGGUGGACACCCUCGCGGAGUGCCGCGCCCUGCUCGAUGGCGAGCCCGUGAUCUCCAAGCUCGGGCUGGUGAUCAAGGAGCGCCACGGCGUCGUCAAGCGCCGCCUCAUCCUCGACGCGAAAGAGUCGGGCCUCACGCGGUGCGGCAGGAAGAACCAGCGGAUCCUGCUGCCCAACGUGCUCGACCUGGUCGGCGACAUCGAGUGGCUGGCCAUGGACGUGUCCGACGCGUUCUGGAACCUGGGGCUGCAUGAGGACGAGCGUAGGUUCUUCGUCGGCAAGCUGCGCGGCAUUUACUACUUGUACAACCGGCUCGCCCAGGGGCCACGCGGUGCGCCACUCGCGUGGUGCCGGUUCUUUGCGCUCAUAAGCCGGCUGACGGCAGGGGUGUUGGAGCGCCGCCACUACGACGCCGAGGUCUAUGUGGACGACCUGACGCUGGCGCUGGCAGGGGCCCAGGACUCCCGGGACCGCAUGGCCACGAAG